AUGUCCCAGGCCACUAAGCGGAAGCACGUGGUGCAGGAGGUGCUCCAGGAGCACAUGGUGCCCUCGGACCAGCAGCAGAUCGUGAGGGUUUUGAGGACCCUGGGCAACAACCUGCACAAGGUGGAGACAGCACAGGGGCAAUGCUUCCUGGUCAGCAUGCCCUCCAAGUACCGCAAGAACAUCUGGAUCAAGAGAGGGGACUUUCUCAUCGUGGACCCCAUCGAGGAAGGGGAGAAGGUGAAGGCUGAGAUCUCCUUUGUGCUCUUCAAGGACCACAUCUGCUCCCUGCAGAAGGAGGGACUCUGGCCAGAAGCCUUCUCUGAGGUAGCGGAGGAACAAAGCAACAGCAGGAACAGACCAUCUCAACCAGAACUUCCAGAAGAAGCGCAGUCUUCAGAAGAGGACAGUUCCGAGGACAACUCGGACCUCUUUGUUAACACCAAUCGUGUGCAGUACCAGGAGAGCGAGGAGGAGAGCGAGGAGGAGAGCGAGGAGGAGAGCGAGGAGGAGGAGGAGAGCGAGGAGGAGGAGAGCGAGGAGGAGGAGAGCGAGGAGGAGGAGAGCGAGGAGGAGGAGAGCGAGGAGGAGAGCGAGGAGGAGGCCUGA